UUGGCAGCAAAAACCAGCCGAUGCCCAGUGAGAAACACACUCCUGGAGGCAACCCAAAAACCAAGGGCAAACCUCCUCCUGCCCCACCCAAGGGGAGACAAGUUAUCAACAACCCUCAUCUAAAGCAAGCCUCUGCACCAGAUCCCUUGUUUGUUGUUGCGCUGUACGAUUUUCCUGCCUCGAGUGACCGUGACUUGGAGCUGGUCAAGGGUGAGAAACUCCAGGUCCUCUCCAAUGAGGGCGAGUGGUGGCUGGCAAAAUCCCUGAGCACUGGGAGGAAAGGAUACAUCCCCAGCAACUUCGUGGCACAAGUGGACAGUUUGGAAGAGGAAAAGUGGUAUUUUAGAACUCUGAGCAGAAAAGAUGCUGAACGGCUGCUGCUGUCUUCUGGGAACAAAGUUGGCUCUUUCCUCGUCCGGGAGAGCGAAACCACCAAAGAUGCCUACUCCCUGUCRGUGAGGGACAGCAACUCCGUGCACGGGGACGUCAUCAAACACUACAGGAUCCGCUCCCUCGAUGGAGGGGGGUUUUACAUCUCCCCCAGGAUGACCUUCUCCAGCCUGCCAGAGCUCAUCCAUCAUUACAGCC